UUUUCCCGGUACGGACGUGCGUUGAGCGGUGGAAAUUCUCGAACACAUUGCGAACACACGAACCGAAUAAAAAGAAUAAAAAUAUCAUAAUAGUUGCGUUCGUUGUAACACUCGGUUCCUGUGGUUUUUCGGUUUUUGCACUUUGAUUUCAUUAGCCGGAAAAGCAGGAGCGAGCGGGGAUCGGAAAAUGUCCACCGGGCAGGGCAAAUAAUCCGGAGGCAGAUGAAGAAGAAAAAGCCAAUGAACUUGGGAACAACUUGAGACGACCACAAGGAGGAGGAGGAGGAGGAGGAGGACCAGGAGGAGGAGAAGCCCCUUGGGCGGUCAAGGAAUCAUGGGCGACCUGCAGGCCACCAUCGAAUUCUCCGUCGAGCUGCACAAGUUCUUCAAUGUGGAUUUGUUUCAGCGCGGACUCUACCAGGUGCGCUGUGGCCUGCGUGUUUCGCCCCGUUUGCCCGUGCAGGUGGAGACGAGCAUUCCGGAAGCGAGCGGAAGCGGCAAACAGAACGGACACGCGAACGGGGGCACCGCCGCCGACCUCCAUGCAAAUGGCAGCAGCGACAGCGAGCGGGGGGAGCAGUUGUCGCCGGGGGAAGUGCCACGCCUUCACGAGGCGCCCACGGGUGGCAGCUGCACUUCCGCCUCGGUUAUCAACGGCAGCGGCGCCUCACGCAUCUUCCAGAUACUCUACCGCAACGAGGAGGUUCCGCUGCGCGACAUCAUCCACUUUCGAAGCCAUUUGCUAGUUGACAGUCGUCACCUGAAGGAGUCCAUUGAACGGGCCGAGUUUUCGCUGCAGUUGGAGCUCUGGUUUGGCGAGCAGAACGGCUCGAGCGGCAUGAAUGGCAAUGGAAAUGGGCUGGGCAGUGGGAUGGGCAGCUUCGCCGGAUCCGGCGGCUCCACAUUGACACUGGCCUCCACCAGGAACCUGCAGCUGAACUUCCAUCCGGGACGUGGCCUUCAUUACCAUCUGCCGGUGCUGUUCGACUACUUCCACUUGGCGGCCAUCAGUGUGGGCAUCCAUGCCAGCCUCGUGGCCCUCCAUCAGCCGUACAUCAAGAAAAGCAUGUUCUCGUAUAUGAAAUUCUGCGCCCCGCGCAGUUCGAAACCUUGGAGUGCGGGAAAGUUGAGCUGCAGGGGGAACACCUCGCCGGGACCCUUGGAAGCGGUGUUCUUUGGACCCCAGAUAGGUGGCACCACCAAGUGCAGUGGUGGUCCCGCCGGCAGACUCCUCCAAUCGCGGGCAAUUCAUCGCGAGAUUUGCUGUUUGCUACUGGGCGCCAUUGAGCAGCUGAAGGCCACUCUGAACGAGUUCAGUACAGUGUUACCUCCGAGCAUAAACUCGCAGAUUGGCUCGCCUCCCCUGAGGGAAAAUGACACGGGGGAGAGGCUGCAACUGCUCCUGGAGCAGGCCAAGCAACUGGAGGCGGAGGAGGACUUUGCCAUAAGGGCCAAUUCGGACAUAGCCCAACUGUGUGCGGAGAGCAUUUUCUGGUGGCGUCGUGUGCUCCUGGCCUCCAGAUCCUCCACAGCGGUGCACACUCUCCUGGCCCGGAAGCAUCAUAUACUCAGGGUACGUCGCUUUGCCGAGGGCUUCUUUGUGCUGGAGCAACCGCGUCAUGCGGCAGCGGCAGCGGCGACGGCGACGGCAACUGGUGGUGGUCAGCAGGAUCAUCAGGGAUCAGCCUCGUUGGGUCAGGGCUGCCAGGGAUAUGUGGCCAUAGCGGAGCUGGCCAGGAGGAGUCGCUAUCUGCAGUCCCUGCCGCCGCUUCCCGUGCACUGCACACCCAUCGAUGGCGAUGCCUCCUCCUUGCCCUUGAUCUUCGAGGAUCGCUAUGUGACCCCGGGCAGUGGUUAUGUCCGUCGCCGAUCUGGCAGUGAUCCGCAGCUGGAUGAGACCAUAACAGCAGUGUCUGGUGCUGGAGGUGGUGGUCAGAAGAAGAAGGUGGACAAGACGCACUCGAGCAGCAGCUUGAAUGGCAUUAAGGACUGCUUGGCCUGCCACUUUGACUACGACUAUCCGCAGAUUACCAAUGGCUCGGGACCGGCUCAUCCGCAUGCCAAGUGUGUGAUCACGCCGCGCUUUGCCCUGGGCGGUGAGGUGCUCCAGGCCAGUCUGACCAUUGCGCCCAGCAAGGAACCCCUUGCCACGCCUGCACCCGCACUGCGUCACAACUUGUCCAGGCAUUCGGUCACCGGUUUGCUGGAGGAUCUCGAUCUGGAUGCCAGUGUGCCGGCGCGACAUAGUAAGUCCCUGGAUCAGCUAGAUGGUUGCGAGGCUUUGAUCACCAGCUCGACUACAACGAGUAAUAACCAUACUCUGCCGCGACUCCAGGCGGAUGAUCUGAUGCGGAACAUUUGCGAGUUCCGCCAGCGAUAUGGCAAAUUCGAUUACCUGCAUGAGAUCAAGUUGCUGAAUCCGCCAAAGCCACAGCAACAGGUGGUCCAGCAGACGGCGCAGGAUAAGCCCUGCACCAAUGGCUACAAUUCUCUGCCCAAGUCGAUGGUGCCGCCGAGGAACUCGUAUCCACCGCCGCCGCCCAGUCAGCAUACCACCAUGCCGAGGAGCAGCUCCUCGCAGAUUCCACGUGCCGUGGAGAUUGCUCGGGUGCGAGUGUCCGACAUCAAGGAGAUGCUGCGACAGGGUCAGUUGAGAAAGGAGUCGAGUAGUUCCGAGAGCGACAUGGUGCAGAAGCUGCAGAUGCUCAGCUCCACAAGUGUGCCCUUUCGUCUGGAGGGUGCCGGCAAUGGAACGAGCAACAACAACACCACCAGCAGUGAUCCCAACACCAGUGGCUUCAGUGAAUCCCUACCCAAUCUAGCUCCGCCGCCGGAAUUCGAUUCCGAUCCGCAAUUGAGACGUCAGCGGAGCAACUCCACCUCGUCGUUGAGCGAGGAGAGUGGCUGGGUGAGCAGCCGGAGGAGCUCGCUGGCCAUCUCCAGUCCGGAUACCAUCACCAGUACGGGUCUGACCAAUCGACAACGGCACACGCAACUCAAUCUGGGCAUGGGCAUGGCCAUGGAGACGCGCCUGAAUGGUGAGCAAUUGCGUUUGCGCCUCCAAAAGGUCCUGGAACAGCAGCAACUCCAGCAGCAGCAGCAGCAUCCUCACAAGACCCGGAAGAGGCAGGCAGCCGGAUCCUCCAGUCAAAGUCGUACACCCGCUCGCCAGCAAACGGAUGUGCACAAGAAGAUCUCAUCGGUGACGGUCAGUGUUAAGCGGGAGCGGUCCCGCUUCCAGUUGGACAGACUGCGUCACCUGCCCAACGGCGAGUCCACGGAGGUGGAGGAGAUGGAGCCACCGCCGCGUAGGAAUCGCCACAAGACUGCCGCCUCGGCCGAGAAAUCCAAAUCGGAUUUCGAUAUAGCCAGUUUGAAGGGCAUGCAGCCAUUGGAUGCUGUGUGCCUGCCACCUCCUCAGCAGUUUCAGGAUCAGGAGCUGGAUCAGGAGCAGGAGCAGGAUGAGCAGGCUCCGCCGCCGCCCGAUGAGUUCCGUGAUCCGCCACCAGAACCAGCGCCCACAGCUCCAGCUCCUGCUCCUGCUCCUGCGGGAAAAGCUGGAAAAUUGGUCACCUGUCAUCUGGCACCACCACCGCCGCCGCUGAAGGAACGCCAGCCAGUGGGAGCCAUCGACAAUCCCGUGUACCACAUCUAUGAGUCACUGCGUCCCAUCUCCACGCCGGCCAUUUUCAGCAAUAAGCCCGUACUGAAAUCUCAUAGUCUGGCGGAGCUAAAAAGGCCACAGAAUCUGCCAAAUCCCCUGAACCACCAAUGCAAAUCGCAUGCCCUCAAUGGCAACGAUGUGGACCACGAACAGGACGAGAACAAGGAGAACUCCAAUGGCCAGGUGAGAGGAUCCGCCAAGCAGGGACAUGCUUCGAAUACCCUCGCCAAGCACAAACGAAAGGGGCAUGUUCCAUCCACUGCCAUCCAGGAGGCUCCUCCCAGCAUUUCCCUUCUGGAAUUCGAGAAGUACCGCGAGGAGUUCCGCAAGCAGAUCAAAUACCAGGGCAGCAUAUACUCCGACUACGUGCAGCUGGCCUCGGAACUGCCCUACUUCUACAUCAGCGACGAGUACCGUGCGUUCUCGCCCAACGGCAUGCACCUGGUCAUCUGCGUCCACGGAUUGGAUGGCAAUUCGGCGGAUCUGCGACUGGUACGCACCUAUCUGGAACUGGGACUGCCCGGUGUGAAUCUCGAGUUUCUCAUGUCCGAGAGGAAUCAGGGCGACACCUUCUCCGACUUCGACACCAUGACUGAUCGGCUGGUAACCGAGAUACUCUACCAUAUCGAUAGCUGCGCCUUGAACCCCGCUCGAAUCUCAUUUGUGGCCCAUUCCUUGGGCACGAUCAUAGUGAGGAGUGCGUUGGCCAGGCCCCAGAUGAGACCCCUGCUCCCGCGGCUGCACACCUUCCUCUCGCUGUCGGGACCUCAUCUGGGCACUCUCUACAACACCAGUGGAUUGGUCAACAUGGGAAUGUGGUUCAUGCAAAAGUGGAAAAAGUCCGGAUCUCUGCUGCAGCUUUGCAUGCGUGACACCACCGACAUGCGGAAUUGUUUCCUCUACAGGCUGAGCCAAAGGAGCACCCUGCAUCAUUUCAAGAACAUCCUGCUUUGCGGUUCUAGCCAGGAUCGCUAUGUUCCAGCGCAUUCGGCCCGAUUGGAACUGUGCAAGGCGGCCAUGAGGGAUAGCUCUUCGUUGGGCACCAUUUACAGAGAAAUGGUGCACAAUAUAAUCGCUCCGAUUUUGGCCAGGCCGGAACUGACUUUAGCCCGGUUUGAUGUCCAUCAUGCCCUGCCUCAUACGGCCAACACUUUAAUUGGUCGUGCGGCUCACAUUGCAGUCCUGGAUUCGGAGUUAUUUAUCGAGAAAUUCAUGCUGAUCGCGGGACUCAAGUACUUUAGUUAACCAGAUCGCUGAACCAUCUGUCUGGCAGAAGGAACCAAACAAAACUGCUGGCUUUCUAAGGGUCUUUAGUUGAGUCCCAAUGAGUUGGUCCAGUACAGUACCUAGUUAAAAAAUUUAUUAUAAAAGAAAGACAUGGAUUUUCUUAUGAAAUUAAAACUACAGGUCGUUAUGAAAUAAGUAAAAUAUAUUUAAAUGAUUGGUUUUUAUAAAGAAAUUAGGACUCUAUUACUGAAAUUAUAGUUCUUCAUUAAUUAAACUUUUUUUUUGUAUUUUACGUUUAAAUGUAAAUAUUCUAAAUUAUGUUGUACUUCAGACAUACAGUUUUAUUAACUUGAGCCUCUUUAACGUGUACUGUAAUUCUUUUAAAUAUAAAAACUACUGAAAAACACAGGGUACUCAUAAAUCGAAUACAAAACAAGAACCAGAAACAUCAGAUCAGCCAACUGAUUCCAAUUGAUCUGCGAUUGGAACAAGGAAUUUAUUGAAACAAAUCGUUAGACUUGAAUUUUUUACAAAUGCAACUCUUUUGUAGCGAAUUGAUAUUCACACUCACAUACGAAAAAAUCAAAAAACCAAAGGAUGUUUAAUCAAAAAAACUAUAACCAAAACCAAAGGCAGCAUAACUGUUGAAAACAUGUUAACGAUAAUUACAUUUUUUAGCUGUAAGAGUUGAACGCAUACAAAGCAAACAAAAACAGAAGCCAAAGACAUCAUAAGUAGUGUUAAAUUCGAGUUCAAAUCUAUAUACGAAACUUUUUCGAAACGGUUGAAUUGAAUUGCAAACGGAAAGUGAACGAAAACAAGAACGAUCAUGUUAAGUAUACGUAAACUAUCGAUAGUAGUUGAGCACGGGCAAGGCAAGGUUGCAUUUUGAUGAAAGUAGCGAAAUAGUAUUAGCAAUUUUUAAGACUAAUCAAACACAAACAGAGACAAAAUGGUUUUUUCCAAAUCUUUUUACUGCUAGACAAGAGAACAAAUUUAGAAGAACUAGAGGUAGAGUAGAGGUAGCGUUGAAUUAGUCGAGUUGUUGGUAGCUGAGUGCAUUAUUGAAGCGCGUCAAUUAAGUAAAAAGAUCGACGACGAAGAGGUUUGCUUGCAGAUUUAGAUUUUUCAUUGGGAACAAGAUCGAUAGCGUAGCGCAUGUAAAGCAGUUAGGACGAAAAAAAAUUGAAAACUCGUAGUCUAGUCCUAGCCAUAACUCUAUGUUUUCUGAGCUUUUUCCAAUCGCUGUUGUGAACUACUAAUAUUUGUGACCCUACCAGAAUUGCAUUCUUCAUAUGUGUAUAACCGUCCUAAAUGUAACUACUUUAUCAACUUGCUAAAGCGAAAACUAAAUGUGUAACUGGUUUUUAAAAUGUUUGUGUGCAUCCCAAACUUGAAUGUGUGUUGAAACGUUUCGACGAUUUUACUAAAUGUAUUCCAUCAAAAUUUACCGAAUUCCCCUCAGUUGCAGUUUAAAAUGUUUUCUUUUUGAAUAAAAUAUGCUAAAAUUCAAUUUUAGUGGAACAUA